AGGGCCGCGGAUCUAUCGCGCCCCGACAGCGCGGGCAGCCGGCAAAAGGAACCUUGCCCGGCUUUUAGCAUGAUGUCUUACCUUAAACAGCCCCCUUAUGGCAUGAACGGGCUGGGGCUGACAGGCCCCGCCAUGGACCUGCUGCACCCUUCCGUGGGGUACCCGGCCACCCCGCGGAAGCAGCGUCGGGAGCGCACCACCUUCACCCGCUCGCAGCUGGAUGUGCUGGAGGCACUCUUCGCCAAGACCCGCUACCCCGACAUCUUCAUGCGGGAAGAGGUGGCCCUGAAGAUCAACCUGCCCGAGUCCCGAGUCCAGGUUUGGUUCAAGAACCGCCGCGCCAAGUGCCGGCAGCAGCAGCAGAGCGGCGGCGGGGCCAAGAGCCGGCCGGCCAAGAAGAAAUCCUCGCCGGCCCGGGAGAGCUCGGGUUCAGAGAGCAGCGGGCAGUUCACACCGCCGGCAGCGGCCUCCAGCUCGGCCUCCUCUUCAUCCUCCAGUUCGGCAUCCUCAGCCCCAGCAGGUGCCCCAGCGUCUCUCAGCACCCCAGCAUCAUCCAUCUGGAGCCCAGCUUCCAUCUCGCCCGGCGCAGCACCAGCCGGGGUGACUGUGCCCGAACCGCUGCCGCCGGCUGCCACAUCCUGCAUGCAGCGGGCUGGCCCUGCUGCAGCUGCCUCCGCCAGCUACCCUGUCUCCUAUGGCCAAAGUGGCGGGUACGGGCAGGGUUACCCUGCGCCGCCCUCCUCGUCCUAUUUUGGGGGUGUAGAUUGCAGCUCCUACCUGGCACCCAUGCACUCCCAUCACCAUCCCCACCAGCUCAGCCCCAUGGGGCCCUCUUCGGUGCCUGGCCACCACCACCACCACCCACUGAGCCAGAGCUCGGGUCACCACCACCACCAUCACCAUCACCACCAUCAUCAGGGUUACGGCAGCACCGGGCUGCCCUUCAACUCCUCCGACUGCCUGGACUACAAGGAGCCCACGGCUGCUGCCUCCUGGAAGCUCAACUUCAACUCCCCUGACUGCCUCGACUACAAGGACCAGGCAUCCUGGCGCUUCCAGGUCUUGUGAGUGGCUCGACUACCGUCUCCCCCAACAAAAGCUGCCAUGGACCCCCCCCGAAGCCUGGGAUCUCCCCGCCGUCUCCCGGGCAGGACUCUGGCUCCAGCUCUUCUUCCUCCUCCUCCUCCUGCUUCCCCUCCUCUUUGAUAAGCAGCGGCGAUGCCCUGGAUGCCACCCCCAUCUCUACUGACUGAUAUUUAUUUGCCUCCUGCACCCCUCCAGCAGGUUUAUAAUAAUUAUUAUUUUUUUAAACGCAACAGAAAAGGAGUUAAAAUUGAAAAGAAAAAAGCCUAACGUCUCCCCUGCUGCCCCACCAACCCCCAGGGAAGAGGCGCAGGCUGGAUCCUGCACUGCUGGUGUCCCUCACUCCUAAAUUGAUGCAGGGAAGACUCUUACCCUCUGUGGGUCUGGGAGCCCCCAGCUGACUGGUCCUGUAGAGCCUCUUGCUGCUGGGAGCAGUGGGAAUGGUGUAAAUAAGAGGUCCGUUCCAGUGACCGCCAGGUAUUUUUAGUUGAUGCUCUUGGGUAGGCAUUGAUCUAGAGUUUAACAUGAACCAGAACUUAAACAGACGAAAAAUUAUAUCCUUCUCUUGAUUUUCUUUUUGGUUGUUUUGUUUUAAUUUUUAUUUUCAUGUUCUUCCCCCCUCCCCUAAAAAAAAAUGAAUCUUUUUCCCCAUCUCUUAUCCUCCGUCCAUCCUCAAGGUUGGCCGCACCGUCCCGGGGCUGGAUGGGAGCAGCAGCUGCCCAAAGAAGGUGCUUAGAAGGAGGGGAGGCAAAGGGCUCCACAAACUGCAGACCAAAAACAAACAAACAAACCAAACAACCCCCCAACUUUUGGAAAAAAAAAAAACAACCCACAAUUAGAAAGAAAAAGAAAGAGCAGUUAAAAAAAAAGAAAGAAAAAGUAGUUUUGGUUUAUUCGUCCUUGCGGGAGGGUUGCAGAGGAAAGCAGCUCUGAGCUUGGGGUGGGGGGUGGGGCAAAACGUUCUGAGAGUGUUUGGUUUGGUGAUUUGGGUUUUGUUUUUUUUUUUUUUGGAGGCCCUUCUGCGGGUUGGUGCUGCCUUACCUGCCUCGGGCUGGCGCUUGCCAGCAGCUCUGCCCCGCAGCGGCAGAGCAGCCACCUACCUGUGAUUUUGGAUGCCGUAACCCCAACACGUACCCCUUCAAAUGUAAGGCAAACCACCCCCUCCUCACUUUCUUUCCCCCACCCCAAUAAAAUCCAAACUAAUAAAA